CUUGUGAGUUGUGAACUUGCAGAUUUUUUCUUUCUUCCUCGUAUAAGAUUUCAAGAAUAUCAAAAUAUAGUCAUCCCCUUCUCGAAUGUAACAUUACCCUUGGAAAACAAACUAUAAACGAUCACCCAAUUAUUGCAACUUGAAUUCUUACUUAAAUUUGAUCAAAUCAAGGACAACCCAGUUUUGUUUCUUCAACUUGAAGAACUUUAUUUUUUUUAAAAAAAAAAGAGAUUUCCUACGGAUCAGAUAGAAUUAAGUUUGUGGGUUUGGGUUGUCCACUCGUCCUCUUGUUCUUGAUCAUUUUUUUUUCCUAAGAAAAAUCAAAAUCACUCUUCAUUAUUUGAAUUAGACACAAGUUACACAACCUUCAUCAGGGACCUCAAAUUCAAUGGUAAGGGAUGCCCGAAGGCCAAGGAAACGCACUAAGUUUUGCUUUGUUCACCUCCAUUGUUUAAAGCAGUUGGAUUGAAUACUUUCAGGCUCAAUUCUUUAUCUUCUUCUUGUUCUUUUCUCUUCCUGUGUGUAAGUAGCAGGUUAUUUUCUCUCACGAGAGUUUUUCCAAAAUAGAUUUUGCCAAGUCUAGUGCGAAUCAAAGUAGAAGAAUUUAAUUGAGGAGGAAGAUAAUAUCUUUCUAGCCAUGGAGAAUUCCCAUAGAAUAUCUAAUGGAAAUGGAAAUGGGGUGUUGGAUAAUGGACAUACAAAACACACUCCUUAUCAACCUAGCAUUAAGGUAUCAUUACCGUGGCUUGAUUUGAGAGUAUUUUACGUUCGUGUUAGCAAAUGUGAGAUUGAUGACUCAACUCCCCAGUUCCUUACAGUAACCCACAUUCCAUUACAUCCUGAUACUGUUAUAGAAGUUAAUGGUAUUCGAAUUUCUGUCAACUACGAUGGGCCAGCGAUCCUUCUCAGAAGAGAUAGGUUGGAUAGGAAAUCAGAAGAAGCUACAUUUGUUAGCACCGAUAGUAUAAGGAUUAGUGGGGGUGUGAGGUUUGAGGUUUUUGAUAAGAAUGUUUUCGUGUUAUCCGGAGUACUUGAAUUGUGUUAUAACAAUGGUAUUAUGGGGGAAUCAAGAAGUCAUACUCAGAAGUGGAGCAUGAAUUGUGAAUCAGAAGUGACUGUAAGCGCUAGCUUCCUGAAGGCAAAACAAUAUGCCAGUCCAGAAUCAGCUUCACCUACAGUUGAGGUGUAUGUUGCAGGAUCCUUUUUAGGCACUCCAAUUAUCUUAACUAAGACUUUGCAGUUCAAUUCUCGGAAAAAGCUGAUGAGAAAAGGCCUAUUAGAUUCUAUACCAGAAUAUGAGGUAACUGAAGGUCCAGACUAUGACCCUUCCAGGAUUCCUUUACAGAUGUCAGAAUACUCAAAUCACAAGUCAGAAAAUGAAGAAUACAGUCACUUUGGAACAGGAUAUUUAGAAGGUGAAGACGGCGAACUUUCAUGGUUCAAUGCUGGUGUGAGGGUAGGUGUUGGUAUUGGCCUAAGCAUUUGCAUUGGAAUUGGAAUUGGUGUGGGGUUGCUAGUUCAAACUUACCAAGGCACCGCCCGCAACUUUAGAAGGCGGCUACUCUAACUAAAGAUUGCCCUGAUUGUGAAUAAUCUCAUCACAUAAUUGCAUCUGAGCGCAGGCAAUGUAUAAAUUCUAGUUGUUGCAUCUGUAAUAAAAGAUUGAUUAAGCCUGUUAAAUGUACUGCACCGUCUCCGCAGCAUUUUUCCACCCGAUACAGACCCUGUAUUUUUAGUUACUAUAACCUGCUGUUGCUUCUAAGACGGUGGAGUUCUGGUUUUUCUUUUUGCAAGGGUGUUAAUAGCAAUGAAAUUUCUGUCACAUAAAAUAGA